CUUUCUCUCUCUCUCUCUCUCUGUGCAAUUCUUUUGGAUAUAUCGGUGGCUCUUUGUCACUAUGUAUAAACAAACUCUCUCUCUCUCUCUCUUUCUCAGUGAUACUCUCACUUGACCCAAAAAGCCAGAAAACAAAUGGUCGCUGAAAGUGAAGGUGGGGGUGGAAAGAAGCCAAUGAAAGAACAGGUCACAGUAAAACUAGAAGAAAUAGAAGAAGAAGUAGAAGAAGAAGAAGAAGAGGAGGAGGAGGAGGAGGAGGAAGAAAUAGCGGCGCCGUUUGAUGAUGGGUCCUCUUCUUCAUCUUCAUCCACCGCACUGAGAAACGCGGCCUUUGUAUCAAAAGACACCGUUGAGGCCAUCAAGGUGGUCCAUAUCAAAGAAGAAGAAGAGGACGAAGUGGGUGUUGAAGAUAAAGGAAAUUACACUGGUUCUGGCGGCGGCGGUGGAAAUGGACCUUCGUCGUCGUCUUCGUCGGAGGCGGUGCCAAAGCCGAUGGAGGGGCUGCAAGAGCCGGGUCCGCCGCCAUUUCUGAAGAAGAUAUUCGAGAUGGUGGAGGACCCGGAGACCGAUAGAGUGGUGUCGUGGAGUGAGACCCGGGACAGCUUCACCGUGUGGGACGAGCAUGUCUUCGCUCAAGAGCUUCUUCCUCAGUAUUUCAAGCACAGGAACUUCUCCAGCUUCAUUCGACAGCUCAACACUUAUGGUUUCAAGAAGAUUGACACGGAUAAAUGGAAGUUUGCAAACGAAGGGUUUCAGAGAGGGAAGAGGCAUUUGCUGAAGAACAUCAAGAGGAGAAGUCGGUUCAGCAAGCAGCAGCAAGGAGUGGAAACUAGUGUCAAUUUGACGAAACCGGCCGGGUUGGAGUCUGAUGAGCUUGUGAGUCUGAAGAAGGAUCACAAUGUGCUGAAAGUGGAAAUCUUGAAGCUGGGCCAGCAACAAGAGGAAUCACAGAAUCAGAUAACUGCUGUUGAAGAUCGCAUUCGAGGCGCGGAGUGUAGGCAACAACAGAUGCUCCUUUUCCUCACCAAAGUAGCCAAAAGCCCCAGCUGCGUGCAGCAAUUAAUCCAGAAGAGAAAGCAAAAGAGAGAGCUUGAUGGGGUUGAGUUUGGCAAGAGACGCAGAUUGCUAGCCGCCCAAUUGGGCUGUGAAAGCUUGCCUCAUGAGCCCAUUGACACAAGCAAAAGUGUGAAUUGCAGAAACCAACCCCAGGGAGACGUGACAAUUAGUCUAUCUGAACUCUCUGAAAUCUUGCAAGAGGCGGCGGAUGUCCGCCUAAUACAAACACCCUUCCCAGCUCCCAUGGACGACGUUUUGUGCAGCCCUCUUCAGGAUCGGAAGGUCAAUGUGUUGUCUGAUCAUGCGAGCACUAGCCCAGAUAUGUCGUCUGUUUAUCAUGUCAUGUCGGAGAAACUGCUCGCGGACAACUCCAUUAUCGACGAAGAGUUGGCUGUGAAUGACUCAAAAUUCUAUUCGGAGUUCGAGGAUUUGAUUGCCAAGCCACCUGAUUCUUGGGGUGGAUUUGUGAGUUGACUGGUGGAGCCAUCUGGUUGUAUUGGGGCGAUGCUUUGAUCAGUCCAAAUGAUUGUACGUGUUAGCGUUUUGUGAUAUAUAUAUAUAUAUAUAUAUAUAUAUAUAUAUAGGUACAUACGCAGGUUGCAUGAGUAUGUUUAAUUAGAGGCCAUUGCUUCUUCAAUCGUGGAGAGGAGCUGAAGGUUAACGAGGGGGAUCCUCAUCCAUUGCGCGCGGAGGUGGCAAUGGCAUGAUCGAUAAACGAUCAUGCGUGUUCUUUUCUUUUUUCUUUUUUUCCUUUAAUGUUGUGUUCCUUUGUCUUGUAAAAAUUCUUAGUGCUGUCCCACUAUUGCACAGCUUGGUCUGACUUAUAACAUAAAUACCGGUGUUAGAAGCU